CGUACGACUUCUGAAGAAUAGAGGUGAAGACGCGAGGCGAAGACGCGAGGCGAAGACGUGAGGUGCGCCUGUUCUCACACGGUUUUCGUCGUGAGUUUCCAAUUUGGAGCACCUAUGAUACAUACCUGCAAUCGUAGUGCCUUCUGCUAAGUAUCCUGUUAAAGACUUAAUUUCAACGCAUUUAUGAUAACGCAUUGGCUAUGGACGCUCGCAGUCUGAAGGCGUCGCUCUGAAGUGUUGAUUAACCCUGCACAAUGAAGCAGGCUCUUUUAAUACCUGCUUUAUGGGUGGCCCUGUUGUUGGGGUUUGCCGAAAGCCAGUCAAGUACCGACGUCACGGUGGAAACAGCGGCGAAAUUCGCAGCCGCGUGCGCUGACAACUCCGUUGGAACCAUCAUUGUCCGGCGCUUUGCCUUGGUGCUGAACGACACCGACUUUCAGGGCCUUGACGUGCCCAUAAAACUGUCGCGCAAUUUGACCAUCCGAGGGGACGUUGCAGCGCUAGGUUACUGGCCUUUCCUGUAUCUUGGAGGCUUAAACAGGAUGACUCUGGGUGAAGGCGUGACGAUGAGGUUCCAGGACAUCGUGGUGGACACACCGCAGGCCGAUGGGGCUCUUCGCGCACCCAAUUUCCAAAUACUCACGCUCAGCGGGCCUGGCGCAAACGCGCAAGUGCUGCUCGGCCCCGGGGCAGCCCUCAUGAUAUCGGGGUGCUUCGGACCGACGCUGCAGUUGCAGAACGUGCAAGCGCUGCCGCGUGCUGAGGGCUACCCGGGGCCGCAGAUCGUCGAGGCCGGCCUGCCGCAGCCAGGCUGCCUAAACGACACCUACGCUCCGUACAUGAAGCGCUGCUGGCCUCAGGUCAGCAACUUCAUCGACGUCACGAUGGUGGGGCGGAGGCCGGACGCAGCCUCCAAUCCGCAGCCAACGAACUACGUAUGGAUCCUGCACAACGCCACGGCGGUAUGCCGGGCGCUGGUUCCCCCCGAGUGCAUUGCCAAGCUGGGCCCCGCAGCGUGCAUGCUCAUGACCGUCCGCAACAGUUCGGUGCUCGCGACGGUGCUGGAGCCACCCGCGAACGUGACUGAUGGGACCAUCAUUAGGAUGGCCUCUGAGGGCGGCACCGGCGACGGCGGCAGCAACCACACACUCGCCAUCGUGCUGGGCUGCGUGCUGGGAGCUGUGGGACCCCUGGUCAUCGUCGCAGUCAUCGUCGCCGUGGUGUCGUGGCGACGGCGGACAGCAGCGGGGCAACCCAUGGUGUCUAAACGAGCCGCUGACGACGGCAGCGCCGACGGGGAGGCGGCGAACGCUUGUGGAAACGACAAGGCUGACGGUCAGCAGCUACCGCAGCCGCAGCCGAGCAACGGCGCCGACGCCGUCACAGACGACAGCAAUGCGGGAACACACGCUGACCCCGCGCAGCUGUCGCCGACCGCAUCAGCUGCCUAUCCCGCGCUUGACUUGAUCACGAGGCACACGCCGCGCCAGCCCGGCAUUGAGCUGGACGUCAGGGUGGCUGGGCCCGCGGCGGCGGAUGCACUGCUCCUCGCCCAGCGUCAGUCCUGUAACAGCUGUGGGUCCCCCCCAGCUACAGGCACCCCGCUAGCGGGUGCCCACGCAGCACCCGGCGACGGCAGCGGUAGGCUGCUAAAGCAGCCACGGGGCAGCCACACCGCAGCUGGCAUUGGCGCUGCCGGCAGCGGCGCGGGGCCACACGGUGCCACAGGCAGCGCUCGGGCGCUGAGCGCCACGGCGGAGGCGACGUCGACGCUGCUGACGUCACAAGGGAGCCUCCAGCAGCCAACUGACGACAGCGUUCGCAGCACCUUGUCCUCCUACUUGCCGGCGAGCGGGGCCAUGGGCAUGGGCACCAGCGCAGCCCUCGAGGCGCCGGCACCUGUGACGGGAGCAUCCGCAGACGAGCCGCCGGUGCUGACGCUGCUGCCGGUGGUGCGGGGCGUGGGCGCCUGCGGCCGGGUCGUUGAGGGAAUCUACAUGGGGCAGCGCGUGGCUGUGAAGUUGCUGGACAGAGGCCUGCUUUACAACUACCCAAGCUCCUGCAACGCUCCGUCGACAGCAGCCCUGCUGUCAACGGGGCCGCAUCCGGUCAGCGGCGCGCAUACAGCCGCAGAUGCGUGCGGCGCUAUUGCUGCUGCCGACGAUGCUGCUUUGUCAUGUGAAGCCGGCAUCGUUGCUGCCGCCGGCGUCGCAGCGAGUGCGCCGCUGGCGGACGGCGCCAACGUUGUUGGCCCAGCUGCGGAUCGGGCUGCAAAGGCGAGCACGGAUGGUCACGGCGUUGACGCGGCGGACGUGUCCCUUCGACUGGGCGCGUCUCUUGAGGCGGAGGAGUACGACGGGACAGCAGCCACUGCUGCGCCGCCUGCCGACUCCGUUUCGCUGCAGCUGCCGCAGCCGCCUCACUCUGUGGCUGCCAGAGCAGGACAGGCGCCGGCCGGCGCGGCAGUGAGCCCUGCCGAGCUCAUGUUGGGCACGCAGCAGUCGCUAGCCAUGCAGCAGUCAAGCACGGCGAAGCCCAUCAGUCGUAAGGACCGCAUCUCGCAAGCCACGUCCGCCUUCCCGGGGCUUACAAUCCGCCACGCCUCCACGGCGGACAUGCCGGCGGGUGCGCCAGCCGCUGUGGCAGCGCUGGCGGAUGAGGCGUCCUUGCCGUCAGCCAACGGCACUGGGAGUUCCGCAGCCCUGGCGCGCCCGGUUGCGCUUGCUGCCCUUGCCAAGCAGCAGCAGCGCCACGAUGGCGACAGUAUGACACCGCAUGCCAUGAAGCGGGGUGGCAUCACCUUCCUCGGCGCACAGCAAGGCGACUCCCUGUGGGGCUGCAGCACACCAGACGGCAACAGCUCGACCCCGGCGGGCUUCGGCACCCACGCAGUCUACCGGAACCACCUGGCUUCGCCGGGCAUGGAUGGUUCAAGCCUCGGGCUCUCGGAGCUUCUGGGAGGCGCCGCUGUCGGCGGCGGCCACACGCCAAUGGACGGCGCCGGCCACGGCGCCGCGGCGCCCGCGCGCGCCAGCGAUGUGCUCCAGGCCAUGGCCCAGGAGCUGGAGGUGCUGGCCAAAUUGGCGCACCCCAACAUUGUGAAGCUGCUCGCCGCCAACCUCUCCCCGCCCACGCCCUGCCUGGUGUUGGAGCUGAUGGACACGAGCCUGGACAAGCUGCUGUACGGUGGUGUGCCUGGCGCCGACCCUGGUGGCGGCCGGAUGCCGUUGGGGAAGGUGCUGCACGUCGCGCUGCAGAUCGCCCACGCCUUCUCCUACAUGCACCCCACCAUCCUGCACAGAGACCUCAAGCCCGCGAAUGUGCUGGUGUCUCAGCCCUUCAGCGCCACACCUGUGGUGAAGCUGGCGGACUUCGGGCUGGCGCGGCUGCAGGAGACGGUGCUGGUUACGGCACGCGUGGGCGUGGGCACGGCGGCUUACAUGGCUCCCGAGUGCCUCAACGCACUCAACUGCGUCGUGACCCACCACGCCGACAUGUUCUCCUUCGGUGUGCUGCUGUACGAGAUGCUUGUGGGCGAGCGGCCCUGGGAGGGCUGUAGCAUGGUCCAGGUGGCGUACCGUGUGACCGACGGACAGCGGCCGCCUUUGGAAGAGCUUUCCCUUGAGCGCUGCCCCCGCGCUCUUCGAUCACUCAUCACCGCCUGCUGGGACCCUGUGCCCGAACGCCGUCCGGCCGCCUGCGAGGUUGCUAAGGAGCUAGUGCUGAUUAAGCGCAAGGUGGUGGAGGGAGGCGGAGCUGUAAAUGAGCAACAGGGACGUCAACUGGAUGUGCACGUGUUUGGAGGCCGAGGGCAGCACACCUGGGAGCCACGGCCUUCGGCCUAAUAGACGGUAUGCGACACGACGUCCAUGAAUGCACGAAUAUUAUAUGGUGCACGCUGUACGAAUGCCUUGGCUGGAGCAGGGGUCGACGUUCGGUUCCACCUUCCAAUGGAUGUACAAUGCGGCGGUCGUCGUGGCUGUUUGGAAUACUUCAACAGAGCUCGACAUCAGAAUUUGUCGAGCUCUAAAGCAUGCUAUGCAUCUAAGAAUGUGGGUUGCUGCGUUGCUGCAGCUCUAGUGCAUCUGUGUAGACAUGUACAUCCAAAUUCAUUCGAAGUUGGCUGAAGAGCCAUAACCGGGUCGCCGCGUCAGGGCGCGAAUCAUUUGCCUUGGAGUUUCGCGGCAAUGCGCAUGUACCAUGCUCGGAUGGGGACCAUGACACCUAUUCUCCAAGUUACUCCAUAAAGAGCACGGGCUGACACAUCGGCCUGGCUGUUCGGAGCACGUCGUUAUCGCCGUUGUUGGCGUUAUGCAUGUGCGCCAUUGUGGUAUGCCGUAGUGGUGGUCCUUUGUCUCAAAUUAAGUACGACAAUAAGGCCCGUGCACCUGUAUCAGGAAUGUUGCGAAGGUGGUCGCAAGGGCAUGGGGUUAGUUUGAUCGACUAACGCGAAUGGGAGCGGCUGUGUCGGGCAGCCGGGUGUCUAUCUUUUAUGGUGGGUAUGUGCGGGUGGGUGGGGAUUUCGGGGGAAGACUCCACUCCAUUUUUUCCAUGUCCCCGCAUCGUAGGGGGCCAAAUGAGAUUUUGCUGACAUGGACGUAGUCCGGGAAAUGUUGAAGGACUUAUGUGCUGGGGGUAACCGAAGCACAAUUUGUCUAGGUGGGGACCAGUUGCCCGCGUGAGGCUCCACUGCAUUUGAUGCAUCGAGCUGUUUCGGGGCAGGUUUGGUCUGAGGGUACUGGAGCUGUCGCGAAUGCUGCAACGCUGAAGACCUGUACUGAGGCGUUGGCUGCAGAUGGUCGUCGACUCAGCGGCGCACGUUUACGACAGGCUGUGGGCAAUUUGUGUUGCCAGAUGCGAGGGAUUAUGGGACACAGUAGCGAGCAAGGCCCAUGCAUGGUGGUGGCUGUGAAGGUUACGGGGCAGGCAGUGGUGGUGGCGGCGGCGGUAUGGUGAUGACUGUGGCGGCAGUUGGCAUCGGGCCUGAGCUAAUCCUGAGUAGUUGCUUCGUCCAGCUACGGCAGGCAGACUCCAGACGUUCCGCCCUUUACAUUGUUUCAUUGGCAUGAGAUGCCCGCGCACCGGCUUGUAUGGCACCUUCUGGUGGGACCGGAGCAGCUGACGGUUGGAUGGCCUGAUGCCCUGUGGUCUCUCUGACAGGCUUGGUGUAAGCAGUGGGAGGUAGCGAAGUUGGGACAAGUGGGAGUCGAUGCAUGGAAUGGCCAGGAAUGAUUCUCGACUUGACCACAGCCGUGUCUGUGCGUAUACUCGUUCUGGUCUUGGUUGCAACUUGCACUGCGUAAGGGCACGGUCGUGAGAGACAAACUGCCUACUGUGCUUGUGCUUGACAGUGGGAAGCAUCUGACACAUGGCGGGCCGUGCCUGUACGAAGCGACCCCGGCUAUGUCCGGGAGAUGAGGUAGCUUGGAAACCUUCGGCCUCAGACUUUGCACCAACGUGGCGUGGGCUCAUCCCACUUUUACCCUUGAGAGGGAGAGCGACAUGUCUUAAUCUUUCCGAAGCGAGAUGGAUGGAUUCAGUACAAGUACACAGAUUGGAGUUUAUCGUUUUGCGCGGGCGUACGGAAGGUAUCAUAUGUGGAUGCGUUUGUACUUGCGUACUCCAAGAAGCCGAAAGAACUCGAGCCUAGCGCCCAAUGUAAGAGCAGUGGUCA